CUCGCCAUCGCCUCAUCGACGCCGAGGACUACGACGUCUGCAAGCCCAGUCUCGACGCAGGCAUUUCGAUAGUUUCAGAUUGACAUCGUCAGCAAGGGGACCCAUUCCUCUUCUCCUCCAUCUUCAUCAUCUCCUUUUUGCAAGGGACACCGGACCGGGCGCGUUCUAGGCUGCUGGACGAGCCGCUGAGCAUCCGCGUCGUUCACAACCCUCAUCGUCGCCCAGGAUGGCGUUGCCGGCGAAGCCAACAGCUGUACCGACGGCGAAAGAUGGAAGCAACAACGCGCAAGCAAGCUCAUCGAGAGUGACGCUUGAGGAUCUUCGCCAGGAUAGGCUAGAAGAGGCAGAGGAGCGGUUGAGCAACCUCAAAGUCGACCAUGCUUCAGAGCUGCGUGAUCUUUACCUCCUGUGGGAGCAGAACACGAGGACAAGCGCGCUAGGCUCGCUGGAAAAGGCUGAGGAAGAGGACAGCCAGCCAGCGACGGUGAUGCCUCGCGAGAUUCCGGAGGAGUCAACCUAUCGUGACAAGUUUGAGGUAUUUUAUCGAGAGCAUCCACUUGGAGUUUCCGCCAGUCAGGAGGACAAAGAUAAGGACAAGUCGUCAUCAAUUGCCAGCGUCAAGCUGCCCUCGUCGGCCCACCUCAAGCGCAAGCUGUUCGCCGAGUUGGGAUCCUCUCCCCCGCUCAAGUCAGCGUCCCAAAGGGCAAAGGCGAUCAAGACUGCAGAAGGACAGAAGUCCGGUGGUGCUGCUUCCAAGACUGUUGCCACGCCGCAGAAGGGUCCGGCAGUGACCUCCCCGACGACACCGAAUACGACGACGCCUCGCCCGGCCACUCGACGAGCCUCAACGAGCAAGCGCGCAGGACAGCAAGCAGAUUAUGACCCCGCACUUGCAAGCGUAGCUACGCCGCCACCGCAGCCAACACCGUCUGCUGCCUCUUCUGCUCUCAUCUCCAAGCUGGCUGCAGGUACGGCCGUCGAUCGUACGGUCACCUCUUCGCCAGCGCUCUCCGUCACCGACGACAGUGGCAAUACCUCGUCUAAUGAAGCGGCGGCGGCAGCAGCAGCAACGGGGCCGCCCCUCUCUGUUCCGAUCGCUUCGAACGCCCUCCUAGCCUCUCAGCCUUCUGCAGCAGACGUAGCUGCCAUUCUGACCGGCACCGUUGCCCCCGUCAGUAACGACACUGUACCAGAGACUGUGCCCCUGCAUCCCACUCUCGUCCAACUCUCGCCCAACCCCCUCUCAGUCACCUACGCCUCCUCUCUCCGCCCUCUUCCACCCGAUCCUUUCCGCCGCUACACAGGUGCAGGCAGCGGCGGGGCAGGCGCUGGGGGCUCCUCCUCAUCACGCGUUCGUAAAGCGCCUCAUGUGCCCCAAACCAAGCCCGGCGUACCUCCGCCGUCCGGUCCCACUGGCGCCGGACAAACAGACCUCUGGCGGUGGUACGUCCGCUCCCGUGCUUCACCAGGUUCAGGCUUGGUGGGAAAGGCAGACAAGUGCCUCCUCACCCGAGACUGGCGCGUCGCUUUCACCGAGCAACGCUUUAUUCGUGCCAUGGCCCGUAUCGAGAAGCUCAAGGAGGCGGGGCUAUGGAGCUUCAGACAGCCGAAAAAGCCCAAAGCCCCGGUGGUGAGGAAAGCGCAUUGGGAUUUGAUGUUGGAGGAGAUGAAGUGGAUGCAGACUGACUUCCGCGAGGAGAGGAGAUGGAAGAUGGCCGUUGGUGUGCAACUGGCGUACGCCUGUCGGGCAUGGGUCAAGGCUAAGACGCCGCAAGCCAAACGAAGCAUGUGCGUGCCAAGGACCGCGAGUGGCAGGAGGGAGAGCGAGAGGCAACGCGAGGAGGUAGAAUUGGAAGAGGACGGCAUGGAGGUGGAGAUCAAGGAGGAGCCGAGGGAUGAAGGGAUACAGGCGCCAAUGGACGUCGACGAGCGCCCUGCGGCGCAGACAAAGGAAGAGGGAGCAGCAGAGAUUCGACGAGUCAGCAUCGCAGAGGCGAAUGUGGAUGCAGAUGCAGAUGCAGACGCAGAUGCUGAUGUGGACGCUGACGCUGAAGCUGACGCCGAUGGCGAUGGCGAUGCAGACGCUGACGCGGACGGUGAGGCAGACGCUGACGCAGAUGGCGACGCCGACGAUGGUGAGGUCGAGGCGGCGCUGAAGGGAGAGAAAGAUGAGCCGCGAACAGUCUUCAUCAACGAGGCAAGGCCGGAAGCUCCCAUGCCUCAGCUCUCUGGACCCUCGGCCGGCGACAAGAGGCGGCAAGAAUCUCGCGACGCAAGCUCCAUGACUCCAGCAAUGCGAGCCGUCCCACUCCGCCGCGACGACACCCUAGCUGGCGCAGCGACGUCCACCGCCGAAGCCUCACCGCCGGCGCCCUCCACUCGUCAAGAGCCCCAACCGGAAGACCUUCUUCAGAGCAUUUCCAGCACGCUGCGCGCCCCCAUCUUCUCCAUGGACAUCUCUGCAACUAGCGUCUCGCCUGCUGCUCUUCUCGAGUCUUUCGAUGCCGAAGCCGCAGCCGAGAUGCUGGGUGUCGACAUCGACAAGAUGCAGAGCGUCCUGGAGACGGAUCAGACGUGGUCGAUCGCGGCCCUUUUCCCCGAGCUGAUGGAAUACGGUCCGCCUGGUAUCCCAGAAGCGGGCAAGGGGGACAAGCGAGUGGACGAGGGAGCGUAUCAUCAGGGCUCGAGAUUGACGCAGGUCAGCAGGCUGUUGGACGCUAAGCCGCUCUUGGUAUCGACGCUUGAGCCCGGCAAGAAUCGUGCGCAAGGACGGUGGAAGGAGGACAGCGAUUGGAUCAUUGCCGCGAGGAUAGUUGACCCCAAUCUCGGGAUCUGCAGGCAGGAUCUUGAUCUGCCCCCUCCCGUAGCUACGACGAUCUUCAGCCGCCGAUCCAACAAGCCAAGCAGAGAAGCAGCGCCCUCGACCAUGAACCACGUCGUUCAGCCGCGCGAGCCAGAGCUCAGAGCAGCGCAGAUAUUCUGGUCGAGCGAGGAAGACGGCUUCCUCAUGAAGCUGGUGCAGCACUACGGCACCAACUGGCCUUUGAUCUCUGAUGUCUUCAACUCGUCGCGGCUGAUGGUGCCCACAGACCGUCGCGAGCCGUGGGACUGCUAUGAUAGGUGGGAUCGCAUCACCAAGGCGGCAGCAGAGGGCAAGCCACCGCCGCCGCCUCCUGCCCUUCCGCAGCUUGCACCUCCGACGCCGUCGACCGACGCAGCAGCAAACGCGAGUACGGACACGAAUGGGCCAAGCCCGCAGGCCUCCGCAGCGCCACCGACGGCGGCAUCGCUGCCGCCUAACUCAAUGGCAGUCAAGCGCGAAAAGCUGGCCAAGAAGCUCACUGCGAAAUUCGAUGGGUCGCGCCGCAAGAUGCGACACAGCAACAUCCUCGAAGCGAUGCGCAAGACGGCCAAGCGGCGCGAAGCCACUGCUCGUCCUCCUCUCGCCCCCGGUGAGGUACGCAAGGUCAACCUAGCGUCACACGAGACGCACAACACGCCCAAGGGUGGAGCCACGCCUACGCCUCAGCAGUUGAGUCAGCAUAAGGCUGACAGGGACGAUGCGCAUGCGCGCCACGUGCAGUUGUAUAAUCAGAGGAGGAUGGCGGAGGAACAGCAGCGCUUUGCUGCUGCUCAAGCGCAGGCUCAGGCUCAGGUUCAGGCCCAUCAACAGCAGCAGCAGCAACAGCAACAGCAACAGCAGGGGCCACAGGUAAAUGGCAACCAUCAAGGUCAGCAAGCCGUACGACCGCCCAAUCAGCAAGGCCAGUCAAAUCAGCAGCAGGGGCCCGGACAGCAGGGCCAGCCGCACGCUCAGCAGCAACGUGGCAUGCCAAUGAAUGCCGGUCGACCCCCGAUGCCGCCUGUGAAUCGCCCCACCUCCGCCGGCGGCAAUGUUGCUCGUCCUGGCACGCCAGGCCAGCAGCCAGGCCACAACGGUGGCGGGCCCCAACUCACCCCUCAGCAGCAGCAGUCCCUCGGCGCCGCUCUGGCUCGUAUGACCCCACAGCAGCAGGCAGCAUUUGCGUCUCAGAUGCGUGGCGCGCACGCCCAACAGCAGCAACAGGCUCAGCAGCAAAGCGGCCAGCAAGGCAUGCCAGGCCCGAACCCUGGGCUCCAGCAGUACAGCAUGGCCGUCUCACAGAGCAUGGCGGCGGGCAUGAGCCACGCGCACUCUGCUGGUCGACCUCCCAUGCCCGGUGCAAGUACGCCAAAUAUGACGGCGAGCCCGCAAAUCGGGGCCGCUUCUGCUACUACUUCGUCUCCUGCAUCCAAUGCGGCCUCUGCUGGCAAUAGCACGGGCAACGCUCCAUCGACGCCCGCCCAACCGGGACAAGGGCAAGGAGGGCAAGCCAUCGGCCUAGGCGGUCUACCGGCGGUGACGGUCGCUCAGAUCCAGCACACGCUUCAGCAGUCCCUCUCGCAGAACCUGACACAGGAGCAGAUCCAGAACCUCGCCAUGACUCUGUUCCGCAAUGCGCAUGAGCAACAUCAGGCUCAGCUCGCGUUGCAGGCUCAGCAGGCAAGAGGUGGGCCUGCGGUUCAGAGGGCAGCAGGUGGGGGAGGGUCAGCUACCGGCUCCCCGGCUCCUGGUGGGGCGACGAGCUCGCCGAGACCGCCACCGCCGCUACCCCCUCCGGGUGCAGGAGCGGGGCAGCAGGGUGGUCAAAGGACGGGGACAGCUGGCGGACCCAGUGGAGCGGGGCAGCAGCAGCAGCAGAAGAAGGGAGGCAAGUGAGGAGGCAACGAGGGAGGUCAACGGGGCAGUAAGGCGAGGCUGUUACGCUCUGUCGCAAUAGAGAUGAGGCUCUCAAUGUAUCGUGUACGCUUG